GCGCCGCCUGGGGCUGCAGCGGCGGGUCCCUAGCGGCGGCGCCCUCCGACACCCCAGGGGCAGCGGGGGCCGUGUAGCUCCGCUCCGAGGGCGCCGGGGGCCCAGGCGCCCUGGCGUGAGGGGCUCCGGAGCCUGGGCCCAGGCUGGGGAGGCGACUCCCGGGAGGACGAAGUGGCGGCAGGGAGAGGAUCUUUCGAAGAUGGUUUGGCUGCCUUGGAGAUUUGGAGAUCUGAUGCCACGAUGAGGACUCAUACACGGGGGGCUCCCAGUGUGUUUUUCAUAUAUUUGUUUUACUUUGUGUCAGCCUACAUCACUGACGAGAACCCAGAAGUCAUGAUUCCUUUCACCAACGCCAACUAUGACAGCCACCCAAUGCUGUACUUCUCCCAGGCCGAGGUGGCCGAGCUGCAGCUCAGGGCCACCAGCUCACAUGAGCACAUUGCAGCCCACCUCACCGAGGCUGUGCACACCAUGUUGUCCAGUCCCCUGGAGUACCUCCCGCCCUGGGACCCCAGGGACUACAGUGCCCCCUGGAAUGAAAUUUACGGCAACAACUUGGGCGCCUUGGCAAUGUUCUGUGUGUUGUAUCCUGAGAACAUUGAAGCCCGAGACAUGGCCAAGGACUACAUGGAAAGGAUGGCGGCUCAGCCUAGUUGGUAGAUUUUUGUCUUUUACUUUUUACUGUAUUGACUGUGCAAUUUAAAUAACUGAAUUCAUAUUCAUAUGAAA